CUUGGCAACAGUGCCAGCGAGUUGCUUUGCCCGCGGCAAAAGCAGCGCAAUGAAGAUCACUCUGGCAAGUGUGGCAGAGGCAAAGGAAGUGGAGAUCCAAGGCCUGGUCUCCGAGCUUGAGGAGCAGGUGCAAAAGCACUUCCCAGCGCCUGUGCAGUGGGUCGCUGCCGCGGACGGCGGAGUUCCGAAAGGCACCGUGGUGAGCCCGGGGCCGGAGGCCUGCUUCCUGGGCGACAAGGGCCUCUGCCAGGUGGGGGACGAGGUGGUGUUCCUGCAGGCGGAGAGCCCCCAGUACCUGCUGCGUUUCCUGCGCGAGAACCGACAAUUGGAACGCAAAGAUCGCCUCAAGGAGGGUGACACAGUCCAGUUUGUGCGGCUGGUGCUACCGAAGGUGCGACAGAUGCCUGGCAUAGAUAAUCCCAACCUGCAAGCCGGGGAUAUUGCCGUCGUGGCCACGGGGGCUGGAGAGCGGGACACCAAGCAGACGGUGAAAUGUGCCAGGGACUACAAGAUCCACUUCUGCAGUUCCCCGGAAGUCGCGAGCGCGCGACAGACCAUAGACGUGAAGGCUCAGCACGCGGCGGUUCUGCACCGAAAGAUUGGCACCUCGACUCCCAGAGUACAAGGUGACGCGUUUCCCCAGAUCUCCUAUCACCUCCUGGAGGGCUCGCUGGUCUGCCGAAUUUUAUUUGAAGGGGGCUACCCAAAUGGAGGAGAGAGCUUCGCGGACGUCCACGCUCCAUGGGGCAACUGUUUUCGGGGCAUUCCGAGGAAUGGCUCCACGAUAUUGGAAAUCCCUUGCGACUGAUCGCUUUGAUCGGCGUCCUGUGAAGCAAUAUAGUUUUGAUAGUUUGUGGUCUCAUGCUGUCAUGGGACCCGAAACCCUGCUAGAGUUGGCCA